AUGCCGCGGAGGAAGCAGUCCCACCCUCAGCCGCUCAAAGAACUCAGUCUGACCUCUGACCUCUGGUCCGUCCGCAGCCGGUCCGACCCGAGCGACUUCCCGCCGAGCGGAGACGGAGGGACGGGUUGGAGGAUGGGAGGUUUCCAUGGCGACAGGAGCUCGUCUGUGUGUCUGGAGCCCGCAGGCCCUGCAGCCUCCGCCGUGCCGGGCCUGCUGUGCUGCCGGGCCUGCGGUCUGAGCCUCGGUGUGGGUCCGGCUCUGGGGGCGGAGCUUUACUGUCUCGCCUGUGAGCGGCGGAGGUCGGCCGGCGGGAGCGGCGCCCCCUGCAGGCUGUUCUCGUGCUCGCUGUGCGCCUUCACCUCGCGUUACUCCAACCACCUGAAGCGUCACAUGACCGUCCACGACGGCCGCAAGCCGCACCGCUGCCCCGUCUGCCCCUACGCCUCGGCGCAGCUCGUCAACCUGCAGCGCCACCUGCGCACCCACACCGGGGAGAAACCUUACGGCUGCGCCCAGUGCAGCUACGCCUGCGGCUCCCUGGGCAACCUGCGGAGGCACCAGCGCGUGCACGCUCAGGCGGCGGCGCCGCAGGAGGAGCAGAGGAAACCCGGCAGGAAGACGGAGGGCGCAGAAGAGCUGCCACUGGGGGCGCCGGAGGACCGCUCCCACCUGCAGCCGACAGGAGGCGCUGGCUCCGCCCCCCCGACCCUGGAGGGGGGGCAGAGGUCACACCUGCACAGUUGCGCCCUUCCACGGCCCCGCGGCGCCCCCUGCUGGCCUGCCGCCCCCCCGGAGAAACCCCACGGCUGCCCGCACUGCGCCUACGCCUCCUCCCACCUGGACAACCUGCGGCGCCACCUGCGGGUUCACACUGGCGAGAAGCCGUUCCGCUGCGCGUCCUGCAGCUACGCCUGCGGCAACCUGGCCAACCUGCGCCGCCACCAGCGCAUCCACUCGGGCGCCAAGCCGUUCCGCUGCGCCGUCUGCGGCCAUCGCUGCAACCAGAGCAUAAACCUGAAGCGCCACAUGCUGCGCCACACGGGCCGCAAGCACGCCUGCGCCCGCUGCGGCUACGCCACCGCCCACUGGGACAACUACAAGCGCCACCAGAGGAAGCACGGCGCCGGGGCGGACGCCGCCGGAGCUCACCGUGUCACCUCAGACGGCCAGCUAGCCUAGCUCAGAGCCGCUU